AUGCCAAAACAUUAUCCAGAAGAUUCUGUACAAAGAAAAGCUAGACAAACAGCAGUGGAUACUCAAGCUCAUGUAUUAGAACAAAGAGCUAUGGAUGAUGAAAGAUUAGAACAAGUUGCAAGAGAUAAAGCUAAUUGGGAAUCGUCUCAAAAGUUUAAUUCUGAACAAGGAAGAGCAAGACAAUCUGCAAUGGAUAUUCAAGCUCAUGUAUUAGGACAAAGAGCAAUGGCUGAAGGUAGAGCUGAACAAAGUGCAAGAGAUAAGGCUAAUCAUGGAUCUUCUCAAAAAUCUGGUGGUUCUAAUAAUAAGUAA